AUGAAUUUUUAUAAACUACAUGUCGAUCAAGUAUUGUCAUCUGUCAAGUAUGACAAUCAAUUCAAAUACCAGUCUCUAGAGUAUCAAGGUGUAUGGAUUCAAGGUAUCAUAAGUGAUGUCAAAGGUAGUGGAAAUGGAACAAACAGCAGCAACUCUAUGUCUGUUGACGAUGAUGACAUUGUAGAUAACAAAAGUAAUGUUUCUGGUACACUAUCAACAGGAUCAUUGUCUAGUGAUCUAACAAUGUCAAACUUUCAAUUGGAUGAUGGUACUGCCGAUGGUGUCUUUAUCCUCAUUCCCGAUGAUAUCAUGAACCAAAUUCCUUUUAAUCUUUCAAAUGGUCAAUAUGUUAUAGUCUUGGGUUCAUUGGAAGAAGAAUCAGGUCAAGAAAAGUUUGUAGUUGCAAAUAAUAUUAUCAAUCUAUCACAUAAUACUCGGACAAGAAAGAAAAUAUGGGAUCUUCAAUUAAAACAUAUACAUCAAACUGUUUAUGGAUUCACCACCAAUGACACUGAUAAUAAUAAUAAUAAUGAUAAUCUAAAACAACAACAACAACAAAAUGGAGAUGACAUUGAUGAGAUUAAUUUCGAUUACAAUGAUGAUCCAUUAAAUGGUUCAAGUAUAAUGGUUGGUGGUAAUGACAUUGAUAGUGACCAACAAGAUGAAGAAGAAGAUGUUGAAUCAAUUCAAGAACGUUAUUUUAGUCAAAAUAAUGAUGAAAAAGAUAAUGAUCAAAAAGAACAAGAAGAUGAACAACAAGAUGAAGACGAAGAAGAGGAGGAGGAGGAGGAGGAAGUUACAGUAUCAAAGAAAAGAGUUGAUAAAACUAAAAAGAAAACUAUUAAUUUGGAUGAUGAAGAAGAAGAAGAAAAAGUUAACAAAUCCGAAUCAAUAACAACACCAUCAAAAGAUGAUAACCAAACAAGUUUUUCAUUUACAUUUGGAGAUACUAGUGUCAUUGAGAAUAAUGAACCAGAAGAACAAAUGGAGGAAGAAGAUAUUUGGGAAUAA